AUGAUAGCAGACACUUUGAAGGAAUUUCACUCGAAGAGGAUAUCAGACACUUUGAGGGCAUUUCACUCGAAGAGGAUAUCAAGCCGUUUGAGGGAAUUUCACUCGAAGAGGACAUCAGGCCCUUUGAAGGCAUUUCAUUCAGGCGCUUUUUCUUUCAUUUUUCAUUCAUUAAUUUUUCUUCAUUUUACAUCCAUUACAUUUUCCUCCAUUUUUCAUCUCUACUUUUUUCUUCAUUACACUUUCUUUCAUUUUUCAAUCAUUACAUUCUUUUCAUUUUUCAUUCGUUAUUUUUUCAUUCAUUAUUUUUUCAUUCAUUACAUUCUCUUUCGUUUUUCAUUCAUUACUUUUUCAUUCAUUUUUUCCUUUUCCCCGGUUUUUCAUUCUUUUUUAUUCUUUACUUAUUUUUUUAUCAAUAUUUUCGCCUUUUAUUUUAUUUUGUUCUAUAUACACAUCUUUUUUAUUUUUCCUUUCUAUUUUCUUUUCUUUUUAAUGGGCCUCGUUUAG